UUAGAGGAUAAAGUUACACCUUGACGGAGUGCCUUCCAUCAAGGGAGUUUGGACGCACGAAGCCCUGACGCAUCCAUCUCCGAACCUAACAUAAUUCUUCUACGCAGCAAUCCUGGCCCAUCCAAGCCCAAAACAUUUAAGUGACGGAGCAAUUUGCAAUGUGCAGAUCAAGCUUCAUUUCGCACCCACGAUUUCGUUUCCUAAUCGCACACAAAAUACAACAAUUCACUACCUCAUACAUCUCCCGUAAUUCGAACUUGAACAUUCAACAAAGUCCCAUCUAUUCUGGACUAGUCAAUAUGCAUCUGUCAGCCUUCUUUCAGCUCAUUGCUGCCGCCUUGAUCACUCCCGGCAUGGCAUUUCCAGCCGACGUUAAAGAAACUGGCCAAGCAGCAACCAGCCAUACGCUUCCGACUGCGAUGACAGACUCCAUUUCGGCAGAGGAAUUUAACGGGGCUAUGACAACCGUCACAACAUCAGCAAUGUGUAUCCACGCGAGUUUGAGAGCCCUUUGCCCUGCACUCUGCGGCAUUACCGCGAUUGCCGGCGAUGAAAUUUUCCGAGAAUGCGUACGUGGAUGCGAUUGCCGAUCCAAAAAGCAUGGCGGGUCUUAGUUUCAGAAUACAUCGAAUGUAACGACUACCACGAGGACACUUGGGCCGGCAAUCUGGCAGCCUUCUCACUCCGAAGGGACCCGCGUCGAAAUCUGGACACAUCAAUAAACGCAUCUCACUAUGAGUACUGUAUAGACAUAAUGUACUUACCUAAGUAGUCAUCAGACAAGGCUAGGAAUUUAGAUGACGGCCUCGGCACCAACUCGACCAUAAUAUCAAGUCGCCGGAACAUUGGCCACAAAUAGAAUCAGCAUCGAGUCUCGCAGCAUUACACCAAUAAUAAAUCAAGUCAGUAAACUGUUGGCUGCUUCUCAUGUGACUCAGAUGAACCGCAUAUCCUUUGAC